UAGCAAAUGUUAGCAUGCUGACAUGCUAAACUAAGAUGUGAAUAUGGUAAACAUUAUACCUGCUAACCAUCAGCAUGUUAGACUUGUUGUGAGCAGGUCGCCAUGGAGAGUUUUAUUCAGCAGCUUGACUGCUUAGAGGAAAAAACAAACUACGUCGACAGGGGGAGCUCAAAGCAAAGCUGCAACCGUACACACCACCAUCUUGGCAUUGAUGCGAAGUGCUGACCAGUCUGUGAUAGGAGAGAUCACAGACUGUUUUAUGACACACGCCGCGCUGUGACGGCCGACUGUGUGUUGAGUGGAUCAAAAUGAUCUCAUCUCUCGUCACCUGCGCUGCGUCUCUGCUCUGUGCUGCAGGUGUAACAUGGGCUACGGGAAUCCAGCAGAUCCCAGACUUACAUGUACAGAUGGGUCAGGCUGCUAAGAUGGACUGCAGUCACAAGCUGCAUGGCAGUUACUAUCAUAUGUACUGGUUUCAGCAGUUACCAGGCGGUGGCAUUAAGCUGAUUGUCCACACGUUGCCUUACAAGCCACCAGACUUCGGGAACCUUAGCCAGGGCAAAUACUCAGCCAACAAGACUGUGAGUGAGAGCGGAUCGCUCACAGUGAAAAAUGUGGACCCAAGAGACCGCGGAGUGUAUCUCUGUGCCGUCAGCUCACACAGUGAUGCAGACACCUGUCAAGCUGCACCAAAACUACACACGGAUGAUUGGCACACUACUCCCCCUGCUCUAAUCCGAAGCCUCGGGGACAAAGUGCAGCUCGUCUGCACCCAUGGACAAACUGACUACAGGGUGAUGCUGUGGUACCAGCAGCCACCUGGACAGACAGAUAUGAAACUCAUUGGAUAUUUAAACUACUAUGAAGUGAAAAUGGAAAAGCCAUAUGAACAGCACUUUAGCAUCCAUGGAGAUCUGAGUCAGGUCAACUGCAUCACGUUACAUCAAAGUCUUCCUCAGAUAGUGGAAGAGGGUGCUGAGGUCCACAUCGGCUGCAGCCAUAAUGACAGCGACCUCCCGAUAAUGCUGUGGUACCAGCAAAGAGAGGACAGUCAGUCUAUGACCCUCAUUGUGUUUGGAUAUGCAACAGAAGUCCCAAAUUAUGAAGGAAAGUUCAAGGAGCAGUUUGAGCUGAGAAAAGAAAGCGCAGUGAAAGGAGAUCUGAUCAUUCGCAGAGCAAACCUGUUCCACUCGGCUGUGUAUCUGUGCGCUGCCAGGAACUGUCCAUACUUGCUGCUCUGUAGUUCUCGUUCAGCUCGAUGCUUUUUGAUAUCACUCUUGCACUGUGCCUACUAUGAAGCCUAUUUUGGGCCUGGCACAAAACUGACUGUUCUUGAACCGAACCUUCCUCCCAAACAGCCAACAGUGAAAGUGCUGAAACCUUCAGUGAGAGAGUGUCAGAACUGGAAAGAUAAUAAGCAAUACAAGACCCUGGUCUGUGUGGCGUCUGAUUUCUACCCGGACCAUGUGAGUGUGUUCUGGCAGAUUGAUGGGGGAAAUGUCACACGUGGCGUGGCGACCGACAGCUCUGCCCGGCGGGAUGGUAAAUACUAUCGCAUCACCAGCAGGCUGAUGGUCCCACUCAUACAGUGGUAUACACCAGAGAAGAACUUCUCCUGCACCGUCAGCUUCUUCAAUGGGAACAAAACUACGUACAGUUCAAACUGGGUCAGAGGCAUUGAGGCACCGGGAGGAGGGAGAUAUUUGAGGAUCACGCAAAACGCCAAACUGUCCUACGCUGUUUUGAUUGUGAAGAGCAGCUUCUUUGGAGUCUUUGUGGUGCUGCUGCUCUAUAAGCUUAAGGGCUCAUCUGGAAAACAGAACGACUGAGAGCCGAGCUGAACGAUGAGCUGAUUCUCCAGUUUUCUGUAAAUCAAUUUUAAAAGCGUGUAUGUUGAAGUGCAUUUGCUUUCAAUCAGCCAAUCACAUUCUGCACAAAUGAGAGCAACUUGCUUGACUUAAAACCCUGUGAAUCAUUUAAUAUCCAAUGUUGAUUGAUACUUAAUGAUGCCUUGUUUGUGUAAGAGCUUGUGAACUGCUUUAUGCUGAAUUUUCUUCUCAAUAAAGGAUUUCAGAAG